AUGGCAAAGCAGAUCAUGGUUAGGACUAGAGGAUUAGGUCGUGCCUUAGGUCAGGUUACUAGCAGAGGUGUGGGCAGAGGAGAUCGUGAUGAUUCCGAUGAUGCUCCGCAGCGUCGACGGCCUACUGCAUCCGCACAGAGGCAGCGAGUCGCUGUGACUGCAACACACGCUGAGCCAGUCAUCCCUGCGCCAGAUGUUCAGGAUGACCGGAUGGAGGCACCAGCCGCUGUGGAGGACAUUGUGGCAGACAUUCCUGUGGACACAGGCGCAAAGGCUGCUGAGGACGCGCAUGAGGGAUUUCCGGGUGGUCCGAGCGACCCAUCCGUGUUGACCCUGUAUGCGGAUCACGUUGCUUGCAGCGUAUGGACGGGAGAGGACGCUCCUGAAUUGAAGCUAUCCUCUCAUGGGAGGAAGGUCCACAGUUUAGGCACGCCUAUCCCUGCCAUUGAGGGACUUGUUGCUGUUGAGCCGGUUCCAGUGAUAGAGGUGUCAUCCUCUGAAGAGGAUCUUGACGAGAACCUAGAGGAGUUACCUCCUGAACCUGCUAUGGAUGCCCCUGACUUACCAGAGGAUGAUGAGGACCCGCUCUCUGAUGUUGAUUCUCCAGAGGAUUUUAUGUCAGCAUUUGAGGCAGACUCUACAGAGGAGAGUGGCCCUAGAGGGACAUGCUGGAUUUAUGAGCACUUUCUGUCGGUCGCGGACUCCACUGCUGAUCAGGAGUACGACGAGGAUUCUCCGCGUGCGUGUAGGUGGAUUGCGACCAAGAAGAUUGUGAAGAGAAUUCGUAUGCCGGCGUACAGGGAGCGCCUGGAUCGACUCCAGAUUCCGAAUGUCUGUUGGAUCCCUUAUGGGGAGCACCGAGAGGUCCGGGACUUCCAUGUCAGAUCAUGCUAUUCCGGUCUCUUGCGCUGGGGGCCUGUUGCUAUUUAUUACCGACCGGAGAGGGUCGUGCGGCAGUUUGGCUACACGCAGACCAUUCCUGCUCCUCCUGUCGAUUCAUGA